AAUGGAGGCGAAUGACGAUGCGCAAUAAGCAACACUCAGCAGGCCAGUGGACGAUCGGCUAACAGUGGCUUGUAAUUUUCAACUCUGGCAUUUCCUUUUUUGCCACCUAUCGUUAGGUCCGUCUGGUCAGCCAAGAGUGUCUCCUAGCGCGUAAAAACUAUGCCGUCCGAUGGCGAUGGUUUUCAGCGCCUGGAGUCGGCCAAAUUUUCGAUUAGAUCACCACGAACGCGUGCUGUAAAAUGCGUCCAGCAGGAGCUGAUCAGAGCCAGUGAAAGGAAGCACCGCCCCAGGAAUGACACAAAUCGGUACGCGAUGGGGGAGACGAUGUUUUCGGGUAUGGGAAAUAGUUUGGAGCAACGACGAAAAGAAGUGUUGGAAGCGGCUCGCAAGUAUUUCCCGCAGUGCGACGAAAUAGUGCUACAUGCUGUUGUUUUGUACAGUGAGAGUAAAGUACAAAAUCUAUCCGAAAUCAAACAAAAAGACAAAAUCAUGCAGAGUAUCGGACAGCAGUUUAUUCAGGAACCGGUAUCCAUACGCAAAAAGUAUAUCAAGGCCGCAAUACUCCCCAAUAGCAAGCGAUUCGCGGUAUGCUCGGAUCCAUUCAAGAUCAUGCUGGAUCUACACUGGAAACAAAGUACUGCAGGAAUACGUGCCCAAGAUGACAACGCAACUCUAGGAACCAACAUCGAUAUAGGUCCAUUCGCCCACAACAUCGAUCGCGCCGAAUCCGGGGAAGAGUGCGAUCCCACUCGCUUGCGGAUGAUCACUUGGACGAACUGCAUCCACGAGGCGCGUAAUCUUUGGAAGCGUAUGACCCCGGAGCAGAAGCUGCCGUUCUUUAUGCAAGCGUACAUGGCAUCGCAUUUUCCCGCGACCAUGGACCAAGCGCUGUAAUUGAAUCCAAAUUUGUUUUGAUUGUUGGGAUGUGGGUUUCCUUUCGGUUUUUUUUUCGGCACCUUCUGUCAAUAACGGGUAAUUACUUUUUCUUCGUGUUGAAGGUCUAUAAACGAUCAGUUCAGUGGCAUGUGAUUUGCUUGCCGAACAAAUUCAAGCGGUGAUGAUGAAUCUGUGUCGACUAUUUGCUACCUAACAAGAAUGGAAUGGGACCUUCUUCUGGAAAAGCAAAAGUAUGUAUAAUGAGACUUGAUCGUUUUUCAUGUAGGAAAUACAAUCUAAUAAAUUGCA